AUGUUUUGUACUUCGCUUCUUGCCCUCAUUACUUUCGCCAUUUCGGCGGCUUGCCAUUCUAUCCCCGCAAACAUAGGAGAAGAUAUUGCGCUGCUGGCAGGCAAUCACCGCUUGAUCUCGAAAAGGGCAUUGUCAUCCUUUGCUGUUGUCGUCCCUCCCAGUGCCCUGGGCUGUUCUGAUACUCAAAUAUCUCAAAUAACAAGCGCUAUUGACGACGCCAAGGCUCUUGCUAGGGCGGCUUCUAACGCCUUGGGCAUUACCGGCAGCGAAAAUUCUUUAGCCUAUCAAGCAUUCUUUGGAAGAGGAAACGCUAAUUCCGCGACUAGACUCGCCAUUAAAUUGAACAAUUAUGAUGCACUGAUUUCGACCCUAGCACCAGCCACUCAACAGGUUGACGCUGUUAAAUCGGACAAUCUUGACCCAAUUGGCCUCACCUACGCUUGCGCCGCUGGGACUGUAUUGUGCCCGGGAGGGGUGAUAGCGUCCGCUUACCAAAACGGAGCGAACGCUCUUUCAGGAAAUAUUAUAUUUCUUUGUCCAGAGUUUUUUGAAUUAAAUGACCAGCCUACAAUGGUGUCAGCUUGGAACCAAGAAAGGUUUUUGCCCUCUCAGGGCUUCGUCAUGUUGCACGAGGUUCAGCAUCUUUCUGCUAUUGUGGGUGAAGCUAGACGAUGCAACGACGAAUGCUAUGAUAUCUCAUGCUGUCUAGCGCUGCCUGACGCCCAGAAAAUCACCAACGCCGAGAAUAUGGCCUAUUUCGCUGCUCAAAUCCUAGCUGAACCGACGACUGGGAACCCCACAUCCGACAGCAGCUGUGAAUAA